UUUAUCAUUUCUGAUGUUUUUUAUUCUCCUUGGAAAUCAAGUUUCCUUCUUGCAUUUACCUUCAGCCUGAAGAACUUCCUUUAGGGAAUCUCUGGUAGAGAAAACUUUCAGUUUUCUUCGCCCUGAAAAUAUGUUUAUUCUAUCUUCCCCUUUUAAAGGAGUUCUUCCUGCAGGUGGAAUUUGGGGCAGGCAGCUUCUGCUUGUUUUCCUUCAGCACAGCAGGGUGUGCCCCCCGCCCCCCCACCUUACUUACCUCUUUCGUUUCUGAGGAGAAGCUGAUGGUAACUCAAUUGCGGUUUCCCUGAACUCGUGUUACUUUUCUCUGGAUGCUUUCACGAUUCUCUCCCUUUUUUUGGAUUUCAGAAGUUUGACUGUGUUGUGCCUAAGCAUGGUUUUUAUGUUCCUUGCAAUUCGCUGAGCUUCCUGGUUUUGUCAUUUUGUGUCUUUCACCGCAUUUGGGGAUUUUCAGCCAUUAUUUCCUUGAACUACGUUUUACCCCAUUAUGGUUCUCUCCUCAUUCUGGGACUCCAAUGACCUGUCUGCUUUAGAUUUUGAUGUUAUCCAUCAGACCCUUGAAGGCCUAUUUCUCUCAAUCUUUUUUUCUCUCUGAUCUACAGAUUGCAUAGUUUUUAUUGAUUCAGUGACUCUUGAUCCUGUCAUAUUUUCGGUGCUAUCAAAUCUAUUCAGUUAAUUUUGUUCAGAUAUUGUAUUUUUUAGUAUCAAAUUUUUUAAUAUAUUUUCUGUUCUCUAAUGAGACUUCCUGAGUUCAAAUUGAUUGCAUGUGUGUUUUCUUUACUACUUCGAGUGUGUUAAAAUGGAUAUAUUAAGGUCUUGUCUGAUUAUUUCAACAAGAUUGAUGUCCAGGACGCUGUGAAUGUUGUGCUGAAAAGGAUCUGAAGACUGGUACAUCUUCUGAAGAAUGCUGAUGUUUUGAUUUGACAGGAAAGCGACUCUAUUAAACUCAAUUUGCAAAUAUCACCUCAUCUGUAAUGGGCAGCGGCUCAAAUCUCAGGGGUGUUUGCGUGUUUGUUUCAUUUUAUCUUAACAAGGUGAAUGCGUGGUUCAGGGGUUAGCAAGAGUUAUGGGCAGAGUUCACAUAUAGAACCUAAACUCCCUUUUCUGGGUUUUCAUUUCCAGAAGCUGUGGUGCUUCUCCCUUAGCUCUAUCUUUGUGUUCUAAGUUUAGAAAGAGGGUGGAUAUCUUGUUUGUUUUGUUUUAGCCUCUCCAUGCCACCCUGCAGUCAGAGAGAACAUACUCUGGGCUGUUUCAUAUUUCCAACUUUUGACUUUUAUCCAAAAUAUGCCUGUAUUUAUUUCAACUUUCAUAUUCUUUGGGUAGUUUUUUUGUGGGUUUAUUUCGUUUUGUUUUGUUCCCCCCGAGUUUUACUUGUUAUCGGUGGGAGGGUCCACCUGUUAGAAGCUCACUCUGCUUUAUUCAAAAUGGAAUUACUCAUUCGAGUUUUAAUCUUUCAAGUAACUCCCCUACCUAAAAUCCUUCAAUAACUUUCCUUUGAUUUUAGGAUAAAGUUCAAAUUUUUUAGUAACAUAUAAAUACACCUGGUAGUUCUCCAACCCGUAUUUGUUGAAUGAAAGCUAUUCCCAUAACAUAUGAGAUAUGGUCAUAUUUAAUCAUAAUGCCCUUAUCCUUAAUAAUAUCUUACAGGGUUCCCUGGGUGGCUUAGUUGGUUAAGUAUCUGACUCUUGAUCUCAGUUCAGGUCUUGAUUUCUGCCCCAUGUUGGGCUCCAUGUUGGGUAUGAGGCCUACUUAAAAUCAUCAUCAUCAUCAUCUUAAGAUGAAAAACUUUGAACAUUUGAUAAUAUCUACAUUAAUUAGUUGACUAUUCAUGAGUUCUUCUAACUAGGCAGCUAUUAAUAAGUCAAAGAACAUAUAUUUUGAAUAUCUACUGCUACAAAGCUCUCUCAUGAAGAGUGAAUGGAAAGGAAAGGAUGGAGGGAGAGUGGUUUUCAUCUGUGGAGUUUAUAGUUGAAUUGGCCAGAUAAAAAAAUUUUCAUAUACUAUAAUUUUGGAAAAGCAAUUAUACCAGGCACCCAUUAAUAACGGCUAGGUCCUCUUAUAAGAGAGUAAGUUGUGUGUAAUAUCUUAGAGAAGAAGAAAAGGAAUGGGGACUAUAGAUCUUCUGGAAGGGAAGGUCCCCGAGAUGGGGCUUGAGGGAAAAAAGAGACAUCUAGGCAGAGACAUAGGCUGGAGGGAUCCGGGCUGGAGGACAGGUUGUUUGCUUUACUCUCCUGUAAACCUCAUUUAGGUAAUACCUGACCCAGAGGCCCACACGCUAUUCAGUAGAGCAUGAAAAAUAGUUUCUUCCUAAUGAACAUUACAAACCAAAGUUGACUUCCAGCCCUUUCGGAGCUGUAGAACCUGGUUUAAUCAACUUCUCUUGGUAAAAGAGCUGGAUUUUACCAACUGUCCCUCCUUUGUCCUCUCUCCACUGAUGUCUGGAGCCAUGAGAAUCUUUUUCUUAAUUUUUGCUGCUCUCAUUCUCCUUGCUGGCAUUUUCUCAGCUAGCGGAGGGAUGCACAGAGAGCCACGUUGUCUGAAACCGGACGGUCACCGUGAAGCCGAGUGCCUUUCCUUUGAGGUUAAGAUUGGGGGCUGUAGAACUGAACUGACACCACUCUGUUGAAGAAAAAGGAAGAACAAGUACAAGCCAAGCCGCAGCUGCAAAAAAAGAGAGGCGAAGAUACUCUGGCUGUGA